GGGCGUGGUCUCCGGGAGGGGGCGGGACGCGAGGUAUCAUGGAGGAUCAGUAGGCAAACUGUGGCUAUCAGAGGAGAGCAGCUACCGCUCUGAUCCUCGGGAGUUUCUCAACUGUUCACCGCCCGCUUUGACUGCACCACAGACGGAAGACUUCAACAUGGACAUGAAGAAGAGAAUCACUUUGGAGCUGCGGAACAGAAGUCCGGCGGAGGUAGCAGAACUGGUGGUCGAUAACAGUCGGUCUGCAGACGGGGAGGUUGAAGGUUUGACAGAUGAGUUCACGGAGCUCGAGUUUCUCAGUAUGGUCAACGUGGGUCUUUGCUCGCUGGCUAAACUGCCAUCACUGCCCAAACUACGCAAGCUGGAGCUCAGUGACAACAACCUGACAGGGUCUCUGGAGACCCUGUCAGAGAAAUGUCCCAACCUGACGUACCUGAACCUGAGCGGGAACAAGAUCAAAGAGCUGAGCAACGUGGAGGCACUGCAAAACCUGAAGAGCCUGCAGAGUCUGGACCUGUUCAACUGUGAGAUCACGUCUCUGGAGGACUACAGGGAGAGCGUCUUCGAGCUGCUGCCUCAGGUCACUUACCUGGACGGCUUCGACCAGGAAGACAACGAGGCCCCUGACUCCGAGGCCGAUGACGAAGACGAGGACGGCGAGGACGGGGCGGGGCCUACUGGAGACUACGACGAGGAGGAUGACGAAGAGGAGGAUGAGGACGGCUCAGAGGGAGGAGAGGUGGGGCUGGGCUUUCAAGUGAACCGGGGAAACCAGGAGGAUGACGAGGAUGAAGAAGACUACGUAGAGGAGGAGGAGGAAGAGGAUCCAUCAGGUGUUCAGGGACAGAAGCGGAAGAGAGACGUGGAUGACGAAGGCGAGGAUGACGAGGACGACGAAGACGACUAGUCAUCCAGCUGCCAGCUGUGUGUCGUCCUGUCCUGUUUCUGUCCGUCUCAGUCCACCUCCGGACCUGACCUCAGACCACCAGACAACAACAGGAACAGUGUGAUAGUUUGGUUCAGGCUGUAGUAAAAUCCCACGUCUUUAUUUUUAGAUAAUAUGAGAAGAUUUUAUCAGAACUUCCUGUUUUUUUUCUGUCCGUCUCGUCUGAUCCUUGUCUAAACGUCUCACUGAAUGACGUGACCUGAAAAUCCCGUCCUGACUUCGUGUUAGUGCACAGGUGUGAUGAUGUCACAGACUCCACCACCAAACCAGGUUUCAGGGUUUUCCCUUCUUGCUCCUCGAACACAGAACGCAUCAGGUGUCUUUUCUUCUUCAGGGACUGGAUGCUCACAGCUGCCGAGCUUCCUGUCAUAAACUUGUGUUGAAGUCCAGUUCAGACUACAAGGAUUGACCUCGAUGUGUUUCAUCACUUUAGAGUCCUUUUGGCCUCACUGCAUUGUGAGGCUAAACACACAUCACGUCACUUUGUGUCCACCUGGAACCGGACAGAGACCCUCAGAUCGUCUCCGUCCAGGUCCACAGGAGUCCACAGGAACUGGGACAGAAGCCUCAACAGCAGCUUUGAGGUUUGAAAGUCUUGAAGUCUGAACUGGAUUUUAUGUUUUGAAGGAGCUGAACUGUGGAGAAUCUCUGCUUUCUGAGUCUGAGUCCUGGUGUACCAACAUGGACUUGAACUUCUUGUCUCAGUAGCUUCAUCCUCCUCGAGAUUGUCUGACCUUCAGCAGCAGGAAACAGGAUGUUUCAUUGUUGAGAACAGGCAACUGUCUGAGCCUUCAUCAUAUCACUCUUUCUUAGAGAGGAUCAAGAUCUUUGUGCAGCCAUAUCUGUUUGUGGAGCAGAGCGCCCCCUUCAGGACCUCCCAGUCAGGGACAUCACAUGUUCGACUUAUUCCCAGACCUGAUGAGUAAUGAUCACCCUGACCUCCGUCUCCGGCCGUCUCACCUGCUGUAGGGACAGUAACACCAGUGUGCGUUGAUUGAUUGUAGGGAUUCUCAAGGGAAGGUCAGGGGGCGGUUGGGAGUAAAUCUCGUGUGUUUGUUUUCAUUGUUUUCGUCUUGUAGUUUUAUGUGAGAGCGAGCAGCUCGUCCUCAGACUGCCCAUCCCAUCAUGAUGUUUGGACCGCCACUGUGUCACACUUCAGGCUCCGCCUCCUGCAGCUCCCCCUCACAGGAAACAGUUCACAGAGAUCAGGGCUGUGAUGCCUUCAGGUAUUUCCAGACUCUACCAGCAGGUUUGAAACGAACUCUUCCUGAAAUUAAACUUGAAUCCUGGAUGUUCAAAUUUAUUUUUUAUCUUAAAUGUUGGUGUGAGACUCACCUUCCAGCCUGAGAACUUGAACCAACACAAACAUCAUAAAUUCAGCUGUUUUCUCAGUAAAAUGUUUCAAUUUGUACGGUGUUUCCCAAUGUGGUCAUAGUACUGAACGGCAUCCAGGCAGCCAGUCAAAAUGUGUUUACAUCCAUCGUUUUCAUUGGUCCACCUCACCUGAGCAACCUGAAUGUAACACCUGGUCCCACUGUAGUCUGAAGCUGGCAGAGAUCACCUGAAAGCAGCGUCAUGGUGACAGGUGUUCAAUGAUGACUUGUUGACCUGUUGUGAUGCAGGAGGUGGAGCCUGUAGCAGUACACACUUGUCGUGUCUGAUUCAGGUGUCACAGGACCAAACCUGACAGGAAAUAAAUUGCAAUAAUCAAUGAUCAGAUUGAUCCAUGAGCAUUGAAUACAAAGUGACGGACAGAAACAUUUUAGUUUUUAUCUCCUGAUGAGUCUUGUUUAAACUGCUGUAAACAUUUAGCUUUUCUCUCAUUUACACUCUAAAGAGCAACUUGCCGUCUUCAGAUGUCGAGAUGAAGAAGAUUGUGGGAAUGAAAGCGAGACAGCAGACUGCGUUCACGUCACAUGACAACAAAACACUGAGGAAGAUUUUCCACUCUAAUUACUUUGAUGUGAAGCUACUCAACAUGAACCGACCAGUUUCACUUUUUAAGAUCAGCGGUUCUGGUUGGCAUAGACGUCUGAGUUUGAUUCGUUUCAGAGGCCAAAGGCCUUCAGGACUCCUUACAGAUGGGCAACUUCAGUCUCCUCUCUCAUGACUUCCUGUCGCUGUCUCUGAGCAACUGUAGCUUCCUGAUUGGACAAAAGUCUCGGCAGCUUGUUUUUUUGUUGUUUUAUUUUUUUUUUAGAGUGUAAAGGUCAAAGGUCACGUCUGUUGGACCUGCUGAGGUCAGUUUCAAACUCUGGUUUUUAAGGCAAUACUGUAAAUAGACUCUCGGCUCAGUUUCAGGUUUGUUUGUAUUGUUGGUCAUGACUUAAAUAAUUUUCCAGGUGUGUUUGUUCGUAUGCAGCGAGCUGAUAGGUGACCCACGUGUUCGAGUCUGGCUUUACUUCCCUCCAUCAUCCCAUCUGUGGGACAAACUGUGUUUGACUUGUGUGGUGUAACUGAAACUUAUUGAGGGGUUUUGAAUUAAAACAAUACAAAAGGAAAAAA